CCCGAUCGUGCAGCAGAUUCGCCAGGACUGCGCGGAGCCGUUCGCCGCCUUCGAGCAGUGCCUGAAGGAGAACCAGGACUCCGUGGUCAACUGCAGCGAUCACGUCAACGCUUUCCUGCUCUGCGCUGACCAGGUGAAGCUCUCCAC